CGGCUGCGCCAGGAGUCCCGCCUGCUACGGCAAGUCGGAGGCAGUAAAAUGGCUACCUCUGAGGGAGACUCUAGUGUCGCGGCCGAAGCGGACCGGGAAUUGGAGGAGCUUUUGGAAAGUGCCCUUGAUGAUUUCGAUAAAGCCAAACCCUCUCCAGCACCCCCUCCUACCAUCACGGCCUCCGAUGCUUCAGGGCCCCAGAAGAGAUCUCCAGGAGACACUGCCAAAGAUGCCUUGUUCGCCUCCCAAGAGAAGUUUUUCCAGGAACUAUUCGACAGUGAGCUGGCUUCCCAAGCUACUGCAGAGUUUGAGAAGGCAAUGAAGGAGUUGGCUGAAGAAGAGCCCCACCUGGUGGAGCAGUUCCAGAAGCUCUCAGAGGCUGCUGGUAGAGUGGGCAGUGAUGCAACCUCCCAGCAAGAAUUCACUACUUGCUUAAAAGAGACAUUAAGUGGACUAGCCAAAAAUGCCACGGAUCUUCAGAACUCAGGCAUGUCAGAUGAGGAACUGAACAAGGCCAUGGAAGGUCUGGGCGUGGAUGAAGGAGAUGGAGAAGGGAACAUUUUUCCCAUCAUGCAGAGUAUCAUGCAGAACCUACUGUCCAAGGAUGUACUGUACCCAUCACUGAAAGAGAUCACAGAAAAGUAUCCAGAAUGGUUACAAAGUCACCGAGAGUCUCUACCUCCAGAGCAAUUUGAGAAAUAUCAGGAGCAGCACAACGUCAUGGGGAAAAUAUGUGAACAGUUUGAAGCAGAGACACCCACAGAUAGUGAGGCUGCUCAAAAGGCUCGUUUUGAGAUGGUGCUAGAUCUUAUGCAGCAGCUACAGGAUUUGGGUCAUCCUCCAAAAGAACUGGCUGGGGAGAUGCCUCCUGGCCUCAACUUUGACCUGGAUGCCCUCAAUCUGUCGGGCCCACCGGGUGCCAGUGGUGAACAGUGUCUGAUCAUGUGAAUCACACAACACGUUUUCCUCCCUGAGUCCCAGCCAUGGGAAACAUCUGGAGUCUGCAGAACCAUUGGGAACUGAGGCAGGAAAAUCGCCUGCAGGAGUGGUCUGCCUACUGUCCUCUGUCGUCCCAUUCAAGACCGUGCCAUACCAGCUGAGGCUUUUCCUAUGUCUUUCUAGGAAUAGGAUCUGUUCUGCAGGCCAUUUGUAUGAACCCUCUUCCUUGUGGUUUCUGCUACUCGCAAAAGCCCAGCUUCCUGCCAGGUGAAAGAAGGCAUCCCCUUUGGGGCAUGUACCUUUUUCCCUUUCCCAAAAUAAUGUUAUAUAUAGCCACACUGAUGUACUUUUAAAUUCCAGGGUCUUUGUGCCUUGUUUCUAUUCCCAUUCUUGGAUUUGGGGAAGAGGGACAGAGUCCUGGGACUCUUAUUUGUACUUUCCUUUGGCAGGCAUUUGGGAAUGGAAAGAAACUUAGCCUGGGCUGGGCUGUGUGUCUGACACCAUGCCCUCUUGCCUUCACACAGACCAUCAGAAUUCUCUGAAAGGAAAGAGCUUUUGCAUCUAAUCACAGUAGAGUUGGAAUAGAAACCCUGGGGGUUUUCUUCCCUCUAGGUGCUAAGCCCUCUCUCAACUCCUUGUUCCAACUUGAGAACUCAAGUGGCUAGCCUGGUUCUUUCUAUGAUGUCAUGAUCUGUGGGAACCAAGCCCCUGACCUUCCUUUGCCCCCUGUCUGUCCUCUUAUCUCUUCUCCUUUUUAUUUAUUCUGACUCUUCUGAGUCCAAGCAGUGACAAAGAAGGGACCAUUCUGUUUUCCCUCAUCUAGUCCAUCCACCACUCACAGCUCCCUGCCUCCCUGGCAAACAUAAUUGAGGUGUCAGAUCUGGCAAAUGAAUAGCUAUUCGGCUCCUAAUGAGUCUUGGCCUGAGACGUCUGAUUCCCUUAGAAUCCCUGGUUCAGGAGGGUGCUUGGGAAAAAGGGAGGAGAACAGCCAAGGGUCCCUUUUCCUGCAGACCCUAUGGGGCAGUGUCUAAUAAAUAGGAGUGAGGAGUAUUGGCCAGUUUCUCAUCUAGGUCUUUUCCUAAUCUUCUUCAGCUUCUGUAAGAUUUGUUCUAACAUUGCUGAGCUCCUCCACCACCUUUAUUCUUCAGCUCAGUGUACACUUCAUUUGACAAAGGAGACUGGGUGGCUAUCUUUCCUCAUUUUUUCCUGGGUAGUUUAAUCUGUAAAGCCCUUUAACUGACAUUGUGUUUUAACUUCUUACAUUAUUAUUAAUAACAUACUUUUUAACAUGUUUUCUAAGUUAUCUUUGAGCUGACCUUCCCUUUCUGAGUUUAUCUAUGGACCUUGGCUGUCAUGUGGUGGAUACUCUAGUCAGCCCAGCUGGCUGUCUGAUUUACUCGGAAAAUAACUCUUGCCAGAACAAAUUGACAUUCAUCAUCUGAGUCACUGUGAGCUCCUGACAUGUCACUUUACUCUGGGUUAGAACUUUUUACCCCUUAAAGAUCUCAUGCUCCAUAGCAUUGGAAAGGAAGGAAAUGUUCUUGAGUCCACAGGCUGUUGGGGAAAGUUCAGCUAUUGUAACUUAGCAGAGUGUGGAAGAGCCUAAGACUGAAUGUGAGACUCGUCUACUCUGUGAGUUGGAAAAGCACAAGCAAACUUGUGAUGAUGUUUAUGGUGCCUGAAAGCCAAAAUUCUCUUCCUAAAACUUCCAGCCAAAAAGUGACAAGAAUAGGAGGGGGGAAGAACAAAAGGACCUUGUGCCUGUUUUGUUGUUCUUAUGUCUGGUGGCCUGACCAGGCAUCUCAAAGAUGCCCUACUUAUCUUUGUUUCCAAGACACUCAUUUUUAUUUUUACUUUGAACAUGAGUAAAUUGAUCUCUGUUAAUUCUCUAUCCCCAACAUGCUGUUUGUUUUAAUGCAAAGGCCCUGGGGAUUCAUUCCUCAAUACCAUAAAAACAAGCAAAAAACUAAUUCUUGAAUUUUAAGACUUUAGAGGGAUAGAGCUUGGUAUCCUAGGGUAGGCCUGCUUAAACUCUGUGUUUUUUAUUUAAAGACCUAGUCCUUUAUGUAUCAGUACAUGUUCUUACUGCUCAUGAGCAAUCUGCACCUUACAUGAAAGUGUGACAAUACCCACACUGUCCAGAUCCUGUUUAGCAGGUUGAGGCCAUGGUCUCAUAUUUGGAUAUCACAGUGAUGGUUUCUGAACACUUUGAAUUCUUUAAUUCCUCAUAUCAUAAAUUGGUAAAACAAACAACGAAAUGUUCAAGGAUGAGCACAAGUCUGCAAACCACCUGACUGAUACUGCUUUGGGGCCCUGGUUACUCUCUCCAUAGAUCCUAGGCAAACUGACACAUUUGUAUACUUGUGGUUCUCUCAUGUAAGGGCCAGUCUUAGUGAGUUUGUUCUGCAGCAAGAAUAUGUCACCAAGAAUAUUUCUAACAACUUUUUAUUAUUGUUUUGAUCUUACUAUGUAGUUCAGGCUGGCCUUGAACUCACUGUGUAGUCCAGGCUAGCAAUCCUGGUUCAGCCUUCUAAAUGUAGGAUUACAAACAUGUACUGCCAACCCAACUUCUAGUACUUUUCUAGCCUGUCUUUUCUGAAGUUUAAAAAAUAACUAUUGCCAGGCGUGGUAGCUCAUACCUGUAAUCCCAGCAGUCGGGAGCUGAGGCCACAGGAUCAUUGUGAGUUUGAGACCAGCCUACACUACAAAGUGAGCUCAAGGCCAAACUGCAUAGAGAGACCCUGCCUCAAAAAGACAGAAAAACCCACAAAACUAUUACAAGUUGGGCAUGAUAAUGCACACCUGAAAUACUAGUACUCUGGGAAGCUGAGGCAGGAAGAUCAUAAAUUCAAGCCCAACCUGGGCAAUUUAGUGACAAAUGGACUAGGGUUUAGCCCCAUGUAAAGACCCUGGGUUCAAUUCCUGGCAUCAAAACAAAUUUUUUUAAAUGAAAGGCUUUGAUUUAAUGAAAUUUUUAUGCUGCUCUUCAGCUUUAUAGGAAUAAUAAGUUUUUGGCUAUAUGAAUGGCUUCAUGAAUUCAUAUGAAAUUUAGAUAAUGGAGACAUUUUCCUAUGACCUUGGAAUAUGCUCUUAUGGCUCUAUGAGGCCUUUAUAAUAUGCUACUUAGAUGGCUUUAGGAAACUUGGGAAAAACAAUGACCCACAUUAAAUGAAGUAGAGAUGGCAAGACCAUACAAAAAAGGCCACCUUCUGACCAUAUUACUCAGAAGGGUCUGAAGGUGUUCUUUGUUUUUGUUUUCAAUAAAGGCAAUAGGAAAGGCACCGAUGAAGGGGUACCAGCAAUCUUGAGUACUGUAGAAGUUGCCCUCCAGACUGAGUCUGGGGGCUGGGGAUUUAGCUCAGUGGCAUAAGUACCUGCCUUGCAAGUGCACAGUCAUGAGUUCUAUCCCCGGCACCAAUUAAAAAAAAAAUAGAUUGAGUCUAAUGGACGAUUUUAAGAACUGGUUUUCAUAGAAGCAAUGAGAUCUUAGCAAAUGCCAGCGGGCAACACUUAACUAAGCAAGGCGUGGCAAGCUCAAAGUAGACAUGGCUAACUGAACAUGGGUAGUGCUAGGAGCAAAAUAACUGGGCAGCCAGUAAGAGUUAUAAAUAAGAGACAUCAAGAAUUGUUGAAUAUGGGGCUAGGGAUUUAGCUCAGCGGCAUAAGCACCUGCCUUGCAAGCAGGCGGUCAUGAGUUUGAUCCCCGGUACCAAUAAAAAGGAAAAAAAAAACAAAAAAAAAUUUAAGAAUUGUUGAAUAGGGCUGGGGAUUUAGCUCAGCAGCAUAAGUGCCUGCCUUGCAAGCAUACAGUUGUGAGUUCAAUCCCUGGUACCAAUUUAAAAAAAAAAAUUAUGGACUGAGGUCAGUAAUUAAUUGAAAACACACAGUUGUCUAGUUUCUAAGCUUAUGAUAAUUCUUAGACUAGCACUUGAAAGAAUGGCAUUUAUUUAGUUAACCACACACGAGGGAAAGAAUACCCAGAAUAUUUGGGAAAUGAGGAUACAGAACCUGAAUUGACACUAACACCAAAGUACCCUAAGCACCAUAGCAGUGCUUGCCUGCCUAACAUCCCAGCUUCAUUCUAUUUUAGGGAAUUAUGGAGUCAGGUAAUAAAUGGAAUGCCAGCCUCAAUCUGCCUUAUAGGGAUCUAAAACCUACUUUGUACUUAUUUCUUUUUCCAAAUCUUAGCUAAGAAUGAACACAUUUUUUUUACAGUUGGCAGAAAAGUUAAACUAUUGCUCUCAAACUGCACUCCCACUUCUCCCAAAAUAAUAAAAAGUAAUACUACAUAGGGGGAAAAGGACAGAUACUAGUUCUACCCUUAAAGACAUGAAGGAUGCAAGGGUGUUGGUCUCCAUCAUGUCCUCGUUCAGUUUCACUUGUCUAGCCUUUGCAAAAAUUUUAUGAUUUAUGGUGGAUAACAGACUACAAACUUAAGUAGUAGUCCCAGUUGCAGUCCCGUGUCAGAUGUGAUUUUGUUUUGUUUUGAGAUGGCCUUGAUAGGCUGGCCUUGAACUCAUGAUCCUCAUGCCUCUACUUUCUGCAUCCUGGGAUUACAGGCAUGCACCACUGUUCUUGCUGUUAGGCAUCAGUAGAACUGUGUACCCAAAUGAAAGCUGUGUGACCAGUUGCACAUACAACUGGCUCAUUAUUGUCAGACCAUCCAAGUUUAGGUUGAGUGGAUAUCUCAGCAAUCCAUUAUAAAACACAAAUGGUACCUUCAGGAAGCGGCUCAAGCAAACGUAGUGGCUGAAGUAAGAUUUUUUUUUUAACCUUGUUGAGACAGGGUCUCACUGCAGUUCAAGUUGGUUUUGAACUCACUUUGUAUAGCCACGCUGGCCUUGAACUUGCAGUGAUCCUCUUGCCUCAGCCUCCUGAGUGCUGGGGUUAUAGGUCUGUGCUGCCAUGCCUACCAAGUAAAUCAGCUUGAUUGAAGGGUCUCAAGCCACUACCACCCUCGUGUCAUUUACCUUUGUCAUGUUAUUUUUUCUUAGAUGAUACCUAUGACCACAUGAGAGAAUUAUUUUAGCCAUUUGAUAAGAGAGAAAAAAAUCUACCUAUGCUUCAUAUUUGGGUUGGCUUGAUAUACAAGCCAGGUAGGGACUCCAGCAUCGUAAUAACCCCACUGAAAAGUGUCCCUGAAAUAAUGAUGAGAAAUCUGCUCAAUAUGUAGUGUUUCAGGUAAUACACGUGGUCAUCCCUUUUGGGAGAAAAAGUGACCUGAGAUAAAGCAUACAAAAAGGGCUUAGAGCAACAUAAGAAAAUAGGUAACAAGGUUUGCUGACAAGCACUUGGAUAGAUCUGUGAGAGGUAGUUAAGGUACUCACCAGCAAAGCACCACAUGACCAAACGAACAGGAUUAUUUGUUCAGGACUACAGCAGCUAGCCCAGUGCUUGCAGUGUGCUUAUCAACAGAAUUACCAUGGUGGCUAAGAAAGAAGCUCUUCGUUACCUUUUUAUCAUGCGCUUCACUCUCAAGGUUAACAUAGCUACUGCUACCAUAAACUGACAGAUCGUCCAGUUUGUUAGCAACAGAGACCAACACUGAAUCCUCAGUUUAGUACUACUCAAGGAAGACAACUUGCCACUUGGUGGGAGAAUUGGUUAUACUGACCUUUUUCCAUUUUACAAAAGGUAAAAAUGUAUCCUGACUAGGACUGAUGACAUACUUUGCUUGUCCUACCUACAGGACCUUAGCUACUACUGCCAUCCAAGGACUCAACUGGCAUGGGGUCGCACAUAAAAAUGCCUUGGAACAGAAAACCCACUUAGUGGCAAAUCACAGAUAAUGCCAGUGGGGAACAUAAUGGUGGUCAUGUGAGCUGUGGGGUCCAGUGAUCCUACAAAAUUGUUUUCUGUUAGGAAGAUGUUGGCCUGAUAGAGCAAUGAGAUGGCUUUUUGCAGGGACAGUUUUUUGCUUUUUCAAGACAGUCUGGAUAUGUAGUUCAGGCUGGCUUCAAACUUGCUGUAGUUCUGCCUCAACCUCCCAAAGGCUGGAAUUACAGGCAAGUGAUACCACACCUGCUUUGCAGCUUUAAGUUUUAUAGGUCUGCAGACCUGGUUCCUGGAGGGAGUAUGCUUCCAACUGGCACAACAUAAGAAUCUUAGGAAACUUAGUAUAUAUCCUGUCAAAGUGAGUACAUUGGGAACUUAAAGAUAUGAUUGCCAUCUGAUUACUUCAGGCCCCUAAUGCCAGGAGACUUACUAGGCAAAGAAAGUAAGUUACCAUAGUGUCUAGGAUAACUGACUCCACAUUAUGAGGCAAGCCUGUUGCUACCUAAUGGGAACAAAGAGAUAAGGGAUGCUUAAUGUGGCCCUUGGGAUAUCUUGCCCCUGGUCGUACUCAAUGUUAAGUGUAUGAAUAAAUAAAUAAUUAUGGCCUGAUGAAGGGCAUGGUCACCAAGGCUCAGAACUCUCGGGGUGAGAGUGUGGGUCAACCUACCAGUUAAGCUAUCUAGAAGAGCAGAAGUGGAGAUGAAAACCAGAAUGGGUGGUACAGGUGAUGAUGAAGAUUUACAGCUUCAGGACUGCCUGGGUGAUGUUACGUUAAUGUACAAAGCAAAUUGAUCUGAGCAGAGCUAAAAGUGCAUUGUAGUCCACAGUACUGGAAGCCAUGAUACAGCCUGUUAACAGCAUAUCGCUAUUCUCAUGGCAUAGUUGUCUCUCCUGAGAACUUGCCUGUGCCAGCAGAGGUUACUUUUGAGCAUUUCUGGAAGGUAUGUCCUCCCAAGGGCAGCACCACAGCCAAUGAUAAGGUGUCAACUUCUGCAAAGAAGUACAUUGAGCUGGGCGUGGUGGCUCACGCCUGUAAUCCCAGCACUGGGAGGCUGAGGCAGGAGGAUCGUUGUGAGUUCGAGAACAGCCUAGGCUACAAAGUGAGCUCAAGGCCAGCCUGAACUACACAGGGAGAUCCUGUCCCAAAAAGACAAAAAAAAAAAAAAAAAAAAAGUACAUUGGAUUCUAAUAGAGAUAGCAUUAUCAGUGAUGGUAUGCAAUCAGUAAUUGUGUAAUCAGAACUUACUUUCUUCAAGGUGGGACAAAUGUUCCUUGUCUGUUCCAGAGUUCCUAAUGUAGGCUAAACCUAUCACGUGAAUCUCUAUCUUUGCCUAACUUUCCUUUCCCUCUCCUGCCUUUUUUCCCUUGUCUCAUUACAGGUUAUUGAUAAACCAUUUGUAUAAAAUCCCUUUCUCAGGCUCUACGCCUAGGGAAUGUAACCUAAGGCAGGUGAAUAAUGAUGCCAACUAAGAUAAAAGGAACAGUAGGAGUUUGAUAGAAGGUAAAGGUGAGUUCUUCUGGAAUAUUAAAGAGCCAUUGGCCAAGAUAAAAGAGAACUUCCUCACUUUGCUCAAGUACAUUAUGCAAACAUUGUAGCUUCUAUCAUACUUAAUGGUGAGAAAAUAGAUUUUUUUUUCUCCUAAGGUCAGGAACAAGACAAGAGUAUCCACUCUCACUACCUCUAGUCAGUGGUGUACUGAAAGUUCUAAUUAAGACAGGCAAGACAAAAAGAAAAAAUAAAGAUGGCUUCUGUGCUUGCUCAAGCUGGUGGUGGUCUCUUGUCCAACCUGCACCAGACACAUGUACAGGAGGAGGGACAGUGGACAUGCUCAAGGCUGGCUACACAUUCUGCCAUUGGGGACCUACGGAUUCUUCCCACACUAACCCUCCCGAACUGCUAAUGUUCAUAGAUGGAAGUAUUUUGUAUAUAAAAAUUCCUAAGGAAUCCAUAAUAAAUGAGCUCAGCAAGGUUGCAAGAUAUACUUUCAGUAUACAAAAGUCAGCUGUAGCUGAGCAUUGUAGUGCAAGCCUGUGGUCCCAGCAUUAGGAUGCUGUGGCAGGGGAUUGCAAAUUCAAGACCAGCCUGAGCAAUGUAGAUACUGUUUGUAAAUACAUAGGUAAAUGAAUUAACAGAGCCAGGCAUGGUUGCACACACCUGUAAUCCCUACAUGUGGGAGGCAGAGACAGGAUGAUAUGAGUUCUAGGCUUGGGCUACGUAGUGAGACCCUGUCUCAAAAAAUAUAAUAAAUAAAAUUAACAAAUCAAUUGUAUUUCUAUACAUUGUAAUGAACAAUCUAAAGAUGAAUUCAAGAAAACAAUUCCAUUCAUCAAUAAAAGAUAGAAAUAAAUUUAAUAGAAUGAAAAGUUUAUAUUCUGAAACCACAAAGCAUUUUUCUUGUUCUUUUGGGGUUUUGUUUUUUUUUUUUUUUUUGGUACCGGGGAUCAGACUCAUGAACUUGCACUUGCCAGGCAGGUACUUACUGAGCUAAAUCUCUGGCCCUCCACAAAGCAUUUUUGAAGGACAUUAAAGAAGAUAAGUAAAUGGGAAAACAUCCACAUUUGUGGAUGAGAAGAUUUAAUCUUGUUAAGGUGGUAACACUAACAAAUCUCCAGAUUCAAUGCAGUCUCUAUCAGAUUACCAAGAAACUUCUCUGUAGAUAAUAAGCUGGUUCCAAAAUUCUAUAUAUGAUUGUGGUGCAUGCCUGUAAUCCCAGCAUGUGGGAAAAUGAGACAGGAGGAUCACAUCAAGUUCAAGACUAUCCUGGAUCAACAACAAAAUUCAUAUGAAAUUUCAGUGGACAUGGCAUAAUCAAAACCAUUCUGAAAAAAAUACAACAACUUAGGGGCUGGGGAUUUAGCUCAGCGGCAUAAGCGCUUGCUUUGCAAGCAGACAGUCGUGAGUUUGAUCCCUGGUACCGAUAAAAAGGAAAAAGACACACAAAAAAAAUGCAACAACUUCAAAAUAAGACAGCUGGGCGUGGUGGCUCACUCCUGUAAUCCCAGCACUCAGGAGGCUGAGGUAGGAUCGUUGUGAGUUCGAGACCAGCCUGGGCCAUCCUGAACUGCACAAUGAGACCCUGUAUCAAAAAGACAGCGUGGUUUGGCAUGAGAACAGACAUUGAAACCAGUGGCAUGGGGGCUGGGGAUUUAGCUCAGUGGCAUAAGCGCCUGCCUUGGCCUGCCUUGCAAGCAGGCAGUCGUGAGUUCGAUCCCUGGUACCGAUAAAAACGAAAAAGACCAAAAAAAAAAAAAAAAAAAAACCAGUGGCAUAGAGUGGAGUCUAGAAAUAAACUUAUUAAUUUGUGGCCAACUGAGUUUUGACAAAUAUACCAAGAUCAUUCAGUGUACAGAGAAUAAGUCUUUUUUUUUUUCAUUUGCCUCUGAGUUAAGAUGAGAAUAGUGGUGCUAGAACAAGUAAAUAUUUUUGUGCAAAAGAACAGUUUGAUACAUUUACAAAAAUGAACUCAGAAUGGAUCAAAGACCUAUCUUAGAAGAAAACACAGAGUGUAAAAUUUUCAUAACCUUAGGUUUGGCAGAGGACUCUAAGAUAUGGUAUCAAAAGCACAAGCAACAACAACAAAAAUAAAUUGGAUCCUAUUAAAAGUAAACAAGUUUGUGCUUCAGAGGACACCAUCAGGAAAGUAAAAGCUGGCCUAGUGGCAUACACCUGUAAUCACAGCAUUGAGAGGCUGAGCCAGGAGGAGCACUGCGAAUUGAGGCUAGCCUGAACUACACAGUAAGAGCCUGUAUCCACACUGCCCCGCCCCCCGAAAAAGGUUUAGUGCAUAAACAGAAUGUGAUUCAUCCAUACAAUAGAAUAUUGUUUGGACAUAAGGGGACAUUAUGUUAAAGCAUAAAUGAACUUUAAAAGCUUGUAAGUGAAAGAAGCCAGUUGCAAAAGGCCACAUACAUGAUUCCAUUCAUGUGAAAAUUUAGAAUGUAAAAAUAAGCACAAAAAAUGGAGAUCUGGGCAUUGUGCUGCAUGCCAGUAAACCCAGCAAUUGGGAGGCUAAGGCAGGAGGAGCACUGCAAAUUUGGGGGCAGCACAGGUUACAUACUGCGUACAAGACUAGUUUUUAACUACAUAGCGAGACCUUAUCUCAAAACUCAAAAAAAAAUUUUUUUUUGAGACAGGGUUUCACUAUGUAGCCCAAAAUGACCUUGAACUCACAGUGAUUCUCCUGCCUCAGCUUUCCAAAUGGAAUUACAGGCCUGUACCAUAUCACCCAGUUUUUUGUUUGUUUUUGUUAUGAAAACUCUUGAUGUCCAGUCAAAAGUCAUGGUUUCUUAGGGCCUAGUGGCAGGAUGGGAAGUUGGGGGUAGGUGAUAGCUUAUGAGAACUGGUUUUCUUUUUGAGGUAAUGAAAAUGUUAUAAGAUUGACUCUAGUAAUGGUUGUACAUAUCUGUACAUCCUGUGUGUUGCGAUUGAGUUGUGCACUUUAAGUGAAUAAAUGCUAUAUGAUACAUAAUAAAGCUGUUUUAAAAAAGUAAGUUCCAUUAACUAUCAGAUCCUGAGUCUAUAGUUUGAAAGAGAAGCCUAGGUUAGAAAUAAAAACUUGGGGGCUGGGGAUUUAGCUCAAUGGCAUAAGCGCCUGCCUUGCAAGCAGGCAGUCGUGAGUUCGAUCCCUGGUACCGAUAAAAACGAAAAAGACAAAAAAGAAAUAAAAACUUGAGGAUCAUCAUUAUGUGAAUGGUAGUUAAACUGGCAAAUAGUUACAAUCACUUUUGAGAGAACAUGUAGAAUGAAGGAGAGAUACUAAUGAAAUAAGUGGUCAGAGAGCUAUAAAUGGAACUAUGGAAGUAUAGUGUUACAGAAUGCAACGAAAUUGAAUCUCACAAGAGAUAAUUAUCACAAUGUCAAAUUAAAUAGGAAAAAUCAAAGAGAAAUUAGUGGUAAUGGCAAUUGGUUUGGUAGUAAUAACCAUGGUGUCCACAGAGUAAUGGAUACAGAAACCAUACCAUAAAGAAGGCUUUUUUUUUUUUUUUUUUUUUUUUUUUUGGCCUCAAACUCACAGUGAUCCUCCUGCUUCAUCCUCCAGAGUGCUGAGAUUAGAAGCAUUUGCCACUAUGUCCAGCCUCUGGUCAGAGUCUUAACUUUCAUGUUUCCAAAUACAGUGAUCAAUUUUUUCAGUCUCUCUCUCUCUCUCUCUCUCUCUCUGUCUCUCUGUCUGUCUCUCUCUCCAGUCUCUCGAGCAGGAAUGACAGUCUAUAGUGCCUUUUUUUAAACUUGUUUUAUAAGACCCCUUUUUCUUAGUCUACUUUCUCUUGUCUUUCUGAGAUAGGCUCUUGCUAUGCAGUUCAGACUGGCCUUGAGCUCAUUUUGUAAUCCAGGCUGGCCUUGAACUUGCAAUGAUCCUCUUGCCUCAGCCUCCUGAGUGCUGGUAUUACAGAUGUGCCAUCAUGCCUGGCUCCUCUUUCUUGACUACUUAUUUUUAAUAAAUUUUGCUAGGUGUUCCUUAUAUCUGACCUUUACUAGUUGGAAUGCCUCAGGACUAGACGUCUCAGUCUUUAGGAACUACUUUUCUUCCCUGGUAAGUGAGCUUUCCCUAUCCCAUGGCUAUCUACUGAUUCAUAACUUUUUUUUUCUGGUACCAGUGAUUGAACUCACUAUCUUACUCUUGCCAGGCAGGCGCUUACACUGCUGAGCUAAAUCCCUGGCCCUGAUUCAAAACUUAAUGAGUCCCCAAUUUUUGUCUCUUCAUCUUCCAGAGUGCUGAGAUUAGAAGCAUUUGCCACCAUGUCCAGCCUCUGGUCAGAGUCUUAACUUUCAUGUUUCCAAAUACAGUGAUCAAUUUUUUCAGAGAUCAAUUUGUGAGUUCCAGAUUCAUAGUUAUGGUUGUUGGUUUGUUUAUUUAUUUUUCGGGAGGAGUACCAGGAAUCAAACUCCCAAUUUUGGGCUUGCCAGACAGGCGCUUAUGCCACUGAGCUAUAUGUGUGGCCCUAGUUGUCUAUUUAUUACUUCAUUUGUAUAGCUCUAAUGGGAUGUCUGAAAUACAACUGAAUGUCUCCUCUGCCCCCACCCAAAAAAACCCUAUUCCCCAUAUAUUCUGUCUCAGUACAAGGCCCUAAUCUUUAACUUAUACUUCACUUUCAGUCUCCUAGCAAGUCACUUCUAUGCCACUUUCAACAUUCUGAGUCUAGCCACUUACUGCCACCUCCAUUGUAGUACUAAUCUUGCAGGUCUGCAAUAGCUUCCUAACUGGUCUUUGAGCUUCUGUUUUGCUUUCUGUGGUUAAAGAAUCAACCACAGUAAACUUAAGUUUAAAUAAAAUCAUGUAAGACAUAAUGAAUGAAUGAAUGAAUGAGAUCUUGUUACUGUUACUCAAAAUCCUCUAUGGCCUCUCAGCCAUUCAUAGGAUAUAAUAGUUUCUCUUUGAUCUACUAGUCUGUCCUCCACUCUCCAUACUAAUUUCCUACCUGUUCUUUUGUCGCAUUGGUUUCCUAGCUCAGUAAACACAAGUUUUAUGGUCUUUACCCUGCUGUUCCCUCUGACUAGAAUGUUCUUUCCCAAGUGUAUAUGGCUAUACUCAAAUGUUACUCAACUAAAGCCUCCCCUAAGCCCCUAUAAAAAAAGUAACAAGCCUUUACUCUGUUUUCUUUUACAAAGUUAUCUUUAUAACUUUAUAUUACUUGUGUGUCUCCACUCUUGACUCCCAACUCCUGUAUUAGUAAGUUCUAUGAAAACAAGAAUAUUGGUUUGUUUUAUUCACUGUUGUAUCCCCAGCACCUAAAACAAAGCUUCUCAUAUAGUAAGAACUCUGUAAUUCUGAGUGAAUGAAAGAAUGAAUUAAGAUAGUAGGAUUGCCAUUCCCUCUAGUCCUUUUCUAAGUGUUUAGGUUACAAAUAUGAAAAAGACAUAAUUCCUGCCCUCAAGAGCUUCUAUUCUAGUAGUAUAAUUAGAUUAAAAUAUUAUAGCUAAAAUUAUGAAAAAGAGAGGUGCAAACUGCAGGUACACACCUGCAGUCCUAAUUACUCAAGAGGCCAAGACAGAAGGAUCGUUUGAGCCCAGGAGUGUUGAGAAGAAAGGCUGGAACACAGCAAGACCCUGUCUCUUUAGAAAAAAAACAGGUAGAUGAUAGGAAGUGGUUUCAUUUUAGUUGAACUCGCUAUGUAGCCCAGGCUGUAGAUUCUCCUGCCUCAAGAGUUGUGUCUCUUUUUUUAAGUAAUGUGAUUUGGAGAGAUCCAAUUUAAUAAAAAUAGUUGAAGUAGUCAA